GUUGUCUAGUAGAAAGAGCAACAGUGCAGUAUUUGCUGAAGCAGAGUGGGGAAAGAGAGAGAGGAAGAGUCGGAAAAAGAAACACAGAGAGUGAGAAUGGCUGAGUACUGUGUAACAGGAGGGACUGGAUUCAUAGCUUCAUACAUAGUGAAAGGAUUACUUGAGAAAGGCCACCGAGUUAGAGCAACAGUGCGAGACCCAGACAAUGUGGAAAAGGUUGGAUUUCUUUGGGAGAUGGCUGGAGCUAAGGAGAGACUAAAGCUGGUUAAAGCUGAUCUUAUGGUUGACGGGAGUUUCGAUGAUGCUGUAAAUGGCGUAGAUGGUGUCUUCCAUACAGCAUCCCCCGUCCUCGUGCCUUACAACAAUGACAUUCAGGCAACUUUGAUCGACCCAAGUAUAAAGGGUACAGGGAAUGUGUUGAAAUCAUGCUCUAAAGCAAGUUCCAUUAAGAGAGUUGUGCUUACCUCUUCUUGUUCAGCUGUCAGAUACCGCUCCGACGUUCAACAGGUUUCCCCUCUAAAUGAAUCACACUGGAGUGAUCUCGAGUACUGCAAAAAAUACAACCUAUGGUAUCCUUACACGAAGACGUUAGCUGAGCAAGAGGCUUGGAAACUGGCCAAGGAGUGCGGAAUUGAUCUUGUGGUAGUGAACCCAUCUUUCGUAGUGGGUCCGUUGAUUGCUCCCUCUCCAACAAGCACACUUCAGUUGAUAUUGGGAAUCAUUAAAGGAGUCAAGGGCAACUAUCCAAAAUUUACAGUGGGAUUUGUGCACAUCAAUGACGUAGUUGCUGCCCACAUCUUAGCCAUGGAAGAGAGCAAAGCAUCAGGCAGGCUUAUAUGUUCGAGUUCUGUGGCCAACUUCUCAGAGAUCAUAGAAAUGCUCAAGUCCAAGUACCCAUCCUAUCCAUUUGAGAACAAGUACGAUGACCGGAUAGGAGAUGAUAAUCCACAUAGCAUGGACUGUAGCAAGAUUCAUCAACUGGGGCUCCCUUCUUUCAAAACUAUACCUGAAAUGUUUGAAGAUUGCAUCAAAAGCUUCCAAGACAAGGGGUUUCUCUGAAGCUCUCUCUGCAAUAAUAUUAUCUCAACAAUUUCAACCAGUUGCAAAUUUAUAUUUGCGUGGAUUGUGUUAUGUUUCCCAGUAAUAAUUGUUGCAGCACCUGUUAGCUUAAGAAUAAACAUUUUGAUCUUUUAAGAGACGAAACAACUGCAUCCACACUUUAUUGCAAACUUUGUGAUGCAUGUUCUAUUUGCACUUGAUACAGAGUACAAAGUAAAAUCUUCAACAUCAUGGUAUCACAAACUAUGAAACUAGACACGCACAUCUGUUCCAUCGGGAAGAAAAAGAAAGAAAGACAUUGCUGCUUUAUAAAAAGACGAUUGUUCCACUACCAGACCUCAAAGUACACAUAGACCAAAACUGACUUUGAGAAAUAAAUGGGUCACCAUAAUUCUCCUCGACCUGGGAAAGAAACCAUGGAUAAACUUUUCAGAAAUCAUUAACCAUUACCAGAAAAUGGGAUAAUGUCCGCGAACUGAUACCCAAAAGGAACAUUGCAGUUAGAGCAAUUAGGCUAGAAAGCAAUGUCUAGAACCUAGACUUAUUUUAGAGGACAAAGAAUACUGUACACAAUGAUCUGAAAAGAUUAGUUUUUCUUUAUAUUCAAUCCGCUUCCUAGUAGCUGAAAUUCCUUCAA